AUGGCUUCACUUCGACCAGAUAAGUUUGAGCCGGUGAAUUUCACGCAGGCCCAGUUCCAGCAGAUGGUAGCUGAACAAUUGCGGCUUCGAUUUGAUGCAGUUGAGGCAGCUUUACCCAAUGGAGUUGAUGACGAGGCAGACAGCAGUAAGGUCAAAGCCUACCUUCAGAAGGACUUCUACGAAACGUUACUUGACAUGGGACAUGGUAUAACGGUGGACGGUAACUAUAUCGAGUCCCUUGAUCACCUUGAACAACUAGUACACGGCUCAAAAGUCGAGUAUGAACCUGUGGACCCGGUACUUGAGGUUCAGGUUCGAGAUGCAGUGGCAGAAACAGAACGUGUGACGAACGAGGUGAUGGAACUUCGGGCACUUGCACCAUCAGUGGUUGCCGACAGUUACCAACAGGUGGUAGACCGAGCGGCGGAGUCAAUCAUGCAAGAGAUCCGUGAUAUCGACAACAUUGAGUUGUCGUUACCCAAUUAUCGUUUAGAUCCAACAGAGAUCGUUCAAGAAAGAAACUACGCUAUCAACGAAUUGAGUCGUGCGGUCGAGGACUUGCCUGAACGAAGCGAAGAAGUCGACCAAGUCCACCGCAAAUAUAAGUUUCUUGAGUUGAAUAAUGUUUGA